GGCAGAGAGUGAGAGGGAGAGAGACGGCAGCCCAAGUGACACAGGAGCCCCGGGGCUGCCUCUCUGGCUCAUUUGUGGUGUCGCCGAGUCCGACUGCACAGGUGCCACCCUUCCGGCCAGCCUUUUCACUGAUGGAACGGGAGUCCAUCAGGAUCCUCUGAGCCAGCAUCCAAAGGAGUCCGAGCAGAAGUUGCCCCCUGCGGGGGUCUGUCUCCGGGGCGUAUUAUGGGUCGGCGGUUUGUGUGAGAGCCAGUCCGUGUCGAUUCCGUUGCAUCCAAAGGCCGACGUCCAGGGGGGGCGGCUCCACUCAGCACCGACAGCAUGGAGAAGUUGACUGGGAAAGAUAAGGAGCUGAUCCGAGACAGCUGGGAAAGUCUCGGGAAGAACAAAGUGCCGCACGGGGUGGUCAUGUUCAGCAGGUUAUUUGAGCUUGACCCUGGGCUUCUCAGCCUGUUCAGCUACAACACCAAACAUGAGUCUGCACAGGACUGUCUCUCCAGCCCUGAGUUCCUGGAACAUGUUACCAAGGUGAUGCUGGUGCUUGAUGCGGCUGUCAGUAACCUUGACGACCUCCACUCUCUGGAGGACUACCUGAUGAACUUGGGAAGGAAGCAUCAAGCCGUUGGGGUUAAGACCCAGUCAUUCGCCGUGGUGGGAGAGUCUCUGCUCUACAUGCUGCAGCACAGCCUAGGUGCGUCCUACACAGCCGCCCUGCAGCAGGCAUGGCUGAACAUGUACAGCAUCGUGGUGGCAGCCAUGAGCAGCGGCUGGUCCCAGAACGGUGAGCGUGGCAGCGACUGAGCAAGUCAAGGAAUCCACCAAUCAAGCAGUCAACGUGGAGACACGUCGUAGUUGUAGCUUUACCGUUGAAAGCAUUUCAUUUUUUUUUUUUUAUGAGCCACGGGGUCUGACUGUGAGAAGAGUUGAUGGAGAGAUGAAGCGCGGGAGUGCUGUUAGCGAGAGGUUUUCAAUGGCAGGGACCCAGCUAGCACAUAACGUUCUCGCAUAACGUUCUCGCAUAACGUUCUCGCGCUGCCGAUACGCCGAAAUCGCAGGGUGACAGUGUGGUGUGUCUCUACGCCUUUGCAGGGAAGACGUGCAAAUGUUAUGUGUUAGCUGGGACAGUCUGUGGAACACACUCAAAAAAAUACUCUGUGAGUGGGUUUUGCUUUCAGACUGCAGGCGCUCGGCAUAGAUACGAAGCAGCUUUCUGCUCCCUCUUUAAAGGCUUGAAGACGGUGAUGUUGUGGCGUCUCGUGUUUAAGUCACUCAGUCGCUGGCGAGGCGACUUGGCGUCACCAGUCAAACUGCGGUUUCUGGAAAUAUCAAGUAGCUUCUUUCCCUAAACAGACAGAAAUACUGAGGAUGAUCGCAAGUAACAGAAGAGGUUUUUGAGGAGCUCUUUGGAUUUCAGUGCUUUUUGACAUACCGUAUAUACCUGACAUCUAGGUAUAUACAUA